AUGACCACUCAACCGUGUCGAGAUGACAGCGCACAGCUUUCGUUGUCAGAACAACUUCGCACCGCAACGCGCCAAAAGCACCAUGCACUGAACACGCUGGUAAUCGCACAUCUGCCGCUCUGUCUACCACCACAUGCCGACAGACCACUCCACUACGCCAAAGGCAUGAUACUCUACGGCCAAAUAUACUCGGCCUUUGAAGACUUCAUGAAAGUACAGCUUGCUUGUACCCGUGUAGACUCACGGCUGGAUCGAAUGUACCAGAGCAUGUAUUUGCCUCAGCUCUUAAGGAAGAGCCGAUUGCAAAGUGAUAUCGAAGUGCUCAAGUCCCGGCUGGGGCGCGGCGAAGCUGAGGACCUUGAGUCUUUGGCUAAAUUGGCCGAGGUCUUCUAUAGGAGAGUCAUGAGCUCCUUGGUGGCAAGACCGCACGUCCUGCUCGCUUAUGCUUGGACAAUGUACCUCGCUCUGUUCAAUGGUGGUCGAUGGAUUAGGGGUCAGCUUGUCUCAGCUGGUAUUGAGUUCUGGCUGGGUGAAGCGUUCCCGUUGUCUUUUUGGGAGUUUCCAGACCUUGUUCACGCCAAUGUGGAGGGAGAGCAACUCAAAGAUCAGUUCAAGAUUGGCUUCUCAGGAGCGGCCUCACAUCUGACAGAUGUUGAGAGACAAGAUGUUGUUGGAGAGACUAGCCGGCUGUUUGACCUGUGCUCAGAAAUGGUGGAGUUUCUGAAUCGAAACUGGCUGAACGACCAUCUGAAAGUAUACGCCGUCGCGAAAACCGUGGUGGACGGCCUAGGUAGCGUCCGGGCCCUGCUCGAAACAGCAACAAGCACGGUGCAGAAGGAUAGACUCGGUACACCAGGCUAA